AUGACAUGUGGAAGUUCGUCGUUGAAGUUCAAUGCCGUCGCUGAGUGGUGGGAGGACUACAUAGCGUACGACGCACUGAAGAAGUUAAUAUACCAGCUGGAGAAGAAGAAACACAACUUGGAUUCUCAGUAUCAUGACAUUGAAUCUAACGAGCACUCGGCGCUGAUUUCGCAAGACAUUGACGACACGGAUGUCCUAUUCAAGCCAGCACUUGACGGGGAGCUUCAGAAAAUCGUUUUCUUUUACGGACAACAAGAGAAGGAUCUUCUCCAGGAGGUGUCUGAGCUGGAGAAGAUGGUCGAGCAGCAGGAAUUGGCUGGUUUGGCUGGCCAUCCUUAUCUUGAAGAGGUUGGGGACGAUGAUGAAGAAGAGGACGAUGACGACGACGAACAUUUUGACCCACAAAGUCCUAUACAUAGUCGGGACCCAACUGGCUCUACAUCUCGAAGGAGACGGCGGAGGAGGACGUUAAGCUCAGCUGGGUUUGGUCGAGUACCGGAAUUGCAUGGAAGAUCCUCAAGUGAGAAUCCUCAGAACCGGCACAGUAUUUCCUCAGGCAGCGAAGAAGCGAAUGACCUCGAAGCGAGUAUCGUUUCGCUCCGUCCACCGGAGGUCACAAGCAAGUCCCCCGUGUCAACGGUGCGAAGGCUCGCGCGUAAAUUACCAUUCAUGGGAGAUAGUAUGUUGAAGGAUAGCAUCGCAUCUCUCGGUCCCGAGAAUAUAUGGACAUCACAAUCGAACUACGCAUACGACACCCGGCUAUUGUACAAGCGCAGAAUCACGACGCAAUACAUCGCAUUGACUUCACUCAAAGCAUACGUCGAGGUGAACUAUUCUGGCUUUCGCAAGAUCUUAAAAAAAUACGAUAAGGUCACAGACAGCAACCUCAAAGACCGCUAUUUGCACGAAGUUGUGGAGCGUGCGCUCCCUUUCACGCAAGCCUCGAAGGACAGAUUGAAUGAUGCCAUAUCCCGACUGCUUGACCUCUACGCCAAAUGCGUUACACAAGGUGACAAGACGAUUGCUAAGCAACAGCUCAGGUUACAUCAACGCGAGAACAUUGCCUGGGAACGUGAUACGGUAUGGCGACAAAUGAUCGGGCGUGAACGACGAGGAGAGUUAGAUGGCGAACCCAAAGGCAUUGGGUCUGUCCUUCUGCAAGAAUCGGACGCGGUCCUCGCUGUCCCCACGCCCGUGGGAAGAAUUAGGAUAAAGCGAAAGCACAUAUACGCUGCUAUCGCAGUGGCCGUAUUUGUUAUCCUUCUCAAUGUCCAGACCGUUGAGGGUUCCGAAGCUAACAAGUGCUUCGCAAUACUCAUGUUUAGCACCGUUUUAUGGGCAACGGAAGCUAUCCCACUCUUCGUUACAUCGAUGUUUAUUCCGCUGUUGAUGGUGUGUCUGCGCGUAAUACGGAGCGCAGAGUGUAUCAACUCCUCGGAGUCUCCGGACUGCUCUCCUUUGACACCGCAAGCUGCAACCAAAUUCGUAUUUGGAUCCAUGUUCUCCCCGACCAUCAUGCUCCUGAUCGGUGGCUUCACGAUAUCUUCGGCAUUAAGCAAGACGAAUAUCGACCGAAUACUCGUUACUCGCGUGCUUAGCCUUGCUGGUUCUCGUCCAAGUACUGUCAUAUUAGCUUUUAUGGGGGUCUCUUGUUUCGCAAGCAUGUGGAUUAGUAACGUCGCCGCUCCGACACUUUGCUUUACCCUGAUUCGACCGAUCCUUCGGACAUUACCUCCCAAAGCAUCGUUCGGACCCUGUCUAAUUCUGGCGAUAGCGCUCGCAGCGAAUAUAGGAGGUCAGAGUUCACCGAUCUCUUCGCCGCAGAAUAUAAUCGCUCUGGAACACAUGAACCCACCCCUUGAUUGGGGUAGCUGGUUUGCGGUCGCUAUUCCAGUGUCAGCCGUAUCAAUUCUUUUGAUCUGGUUAUUGCUGUUGGCUUCGUAUCGACCUGCCCGAUCUCCCGACGGCGAAGGUGAGAUUGAGAUCAGGACGGUACGGCCCACGAAGGAGCCUUUCACCUGGAAACAAAUAUGGGUAUCUUUUGUUUGCUUGGUCACCAUCUUUUUAUGGUGCAUAGCCCACUCAAUAGAAGAUGUUGUCGGAGACAUGGGGGUCAUAGCCAUCAUUCCCAUUGUCGCAUUUUUCUCCACCGGCGUCCUGAAGAAGGAUGACUUUGAACAAUUCAUGUGGACGAUAGUGUUCCUUGCUAUGGGUGGUAUUGCCCUUGGCAAGGGAGUUGAAUCUAGUGGACUGCUUGGGGUCAUGGAUACACAUAUCCGCGAUCUCGUUGAGGGCCUCGGGAUCUACACCGUGGUCAUGGUUCUCACCCCGAUUGUGCUAGUGGUCUCUACAUUCAUCAGCCAUACGAUAGCAAGCGUGCUACUUGUGCCUAUAGCCCAAGAGGUUGGCAAAAAUCUUGAUGGCAACCACGCAAAUCUGCUCGUCUUCAUCACCGGCCUGAUCUGCUCAGCCGGCAUGGGCAUGCCAGUGUCUGGAUUCCCCAAUCAGACAGCUGCCACCCAGGAGAACGAACUAGGAGAGUUGUAUUUAUCAAAUACCGAUUUCCUAAAGAAUGGUGUUCCAGCCAGCAUAAUCGCCGCUUUCGUGGUCUCUACCGUUGGCUACCUUCUAAUGGGCCUGAUUGGGUCAGUUUUACGUCUAGAUUAUAAAAAGGGCCUGACUCAUUUUGACCGUUUAGAUUAUGAGUCCGGGUGA